AUGCCAUCCAAAACCUCCUCCCACCCCCGCCGCCGUCCGGGCAAUCCCUCAACCACCGAUGCUCUGAUUGACUCCUUUGUUGGACUAUCCAUCCAAAAGGGAACCACAUUCCACUCGCCAUCGUCCAACAAGUCUGAACUCUUCAACCCUCUUGACGUUACUGCUCGGUCCAUGACUACUCGUUCCGUCACAAGCCCAAAAGCCCUGGAAGAUCUGCUCAUAGGUGCUGGCGAGAGAAGAGCUGCAGACCUCCUCGCCAAAGUCGAUCAGGUCAUUGCCGACAAUUCCUCCGCUGCCGCUCUUGGAAAGUUGCUCUCCGAACCUGAAGCCUUGCCUCAUCCUCGCUGCAUCCUCGACAAGACAGGUUUACAAGGCAUCGCCGAAGAACGUCGUGAUAGUCCCAACAAUGCAUAUGACAGUGGUCUGGGUUCUAGCAUUGCCGAUUCUGACGAAUUCGACACCAAGAAGACGUCGACUGCGUCCAAAGACUCCACACUGAAGAGAUCACCUUCUUCGACCUCUAGCUCAUACGCUGACGAACACCUAAGCGAGUUCGCGUGUGAGCAGAUUCAUAAAUACAUCGUCAAGCCCAUCCUCAGACAACAGUCUCUCAAAGACUUCCAUCCCCUUGUCAGAGGUGUUCCUCGACGCAUCGGCUCUCGCGAAAUCACCACUCUUCGUGAUCUUGAGAAGACAUUGAUCUUCUUGGCUCCCGACUACUCGCGUUCUCCUUCUUCUUAUCUCAACUUUUGCGAAACCUAUAUCGACUGUCUCCACGCCACUGUCGAUAUCGUUCACGAAUCAGACCACUGCUCGCCAUCAGAUCGCCCCUACACUAACAACUAUUUCAUCGACUUGGUCGGUCAAAUCCGCAGAUACGCUCAAAUCGUGGCAUCAACUCGUGCAAAGAAAGAACGUGGCGAAGAUCUCGACGAAAUGGACGUGACAUCCGACGAAGUUCUAAGACUGCGGGGAGGUGUGACUCACAACACUCCCGCCCAACUCGUUCGUCACAGGGCCGGAAAGGAUAUUUCUCUGCUCGAUGGUGCCGUUCUUUCCUCUUCUCCCACCGACCACUCCGUCCUCUCAUCAAAGCGUCCCAUCAUGGAAGACUCUUUGAAUGAUGACGUCGAGAGGUCCAUGGCACGUCGUAGAAAGGGCGAGCCCGUCAAGACGUACGACUGUGGCUUUGACGGAUGUGACAAGAUCUUCCGCCGUCCUUGCGACCGUACGAAGCACAUGAAGAGUCAUGAGCGUCCCUGGAAGUGUCCCCACACUGACUGCAAGUACCACGACGAAGGCUGGCCCACCGAGAAAGAGUGUGAACGCCACGUCAACGACAAGCAUGCAGAAUCCCCCAUCAUGUAUGCUUGCUACUGGUCCACGGUAAACAACUGCCCUUACCAGUCAAAGCGACUGAGUAAUUGCAAGUCACACAUGGAGAAGGCCCAUGGCUGGGACUAUGUCCGUUCAAAGACGACCGUCAAGAAUGGAAAGACCAAGGCAAAGCCUGGUCAAAAGGAGCCCGUCCAACAGCCCAUUAAGCUCAUUGGCGGCAUUGCUGCAAACGCAUCCACUCCUUCCACCUCGUCUGCCUCUGCAUCCACAUCCACCACACCCUACAUGCAAACCGAGCAGUACCCUGUGACUGACCUGUCUACUGUCUUGACCUCUCCUCAGGACUUCUCGGUCCCUUCGAUGGGCCAAGGUAUCAUGACUCCAUUUGAAAGUCCCUUCAACAUGGCCAUGGACUUCCAGCCGGAAUUUGCUGAUCACUUCAACUUCGAUUGGACAUCUGCAUUCACUCCUGCUGUCAACAAUCCCCUCUACACUCCAUCCCUUGUGGAUGAUCGUCGUCAAUCCCACGACUCGUCGGCUACUAACACUGUACCCAACUCGACUUUGUUGCAAGGUGAGACAUCCUUCGAUGAUGCGUUCAACCCUCCCACACCCGAAGACAGCCCUCCAUUCGUUGCCAACGAUGGCUUCAAGCUUGACCCAGGUUACCAAGCAGGUCCAAGCGACUACAUCAGCGAUCAAAGUCUGUUGUUCUCUCCACCUCAGUUCCUUGUCAAUGGAGCUGAUCCUACCCUCUCUGCCCCGCAACCCAUGACAACUCAAGGAUUCAUUGGUGACGCUACCUUGGAUAUGGAGAUGGACAAUGACGACUUUGACAUGUCGCAAUACCUUCCCAGCAGCAACAACGAUGCCCUCUUCCCCUCAAACAACGACUACGGUCUCGGCGCCCAGUUUGAUGAGCAACCAUUGUUCGCUUCCACCAACAUCAACAAUUCUGGUAGCUCCAAGGAGAACCCUUAUGCAGUGUUCUUCCCAGAGCUCCAGCAGUGA